AGUUUCGUAACGUCUCUUUUGUGGAGUUUUGUAACCUCGGCUCAAACAGCCGGAUGGCAAUGCAGCAGCACGUGAUGGCGGCUUCGCCACCUGAUUGGCUCCGACACAGCGUCACUUAAAGAGACCCUCGCGUCCCUAUUGGCCGGUCUCUUCUGCCGCCAAGAUUCCAAUAAAGAAGGCAGCGGACAUCGGGAGCCGCUUCAGUCUGCUCUCCUCGUCUCCUCGCGUCCUUCUGUUCGAGCUUCAGCGCUUAAUCCCUCGACUUGAACCUCUUGUGCGCUUCUGGAGGAGCUCGACAUGUUUCCUACUCGCAGUCCUCUCUCCGUGAAGAAGGAGAAGUCCCUCAGCGGGCAGAUGGACAACAUGGCGCUGGACAAAGAGAACACGCCUCCGAGUCUGAGCGCGAGCCGCAUCCUGGCGUCUAAAACCGCGCGAAACCUCUUCAAUGACGCCACGGCAAAAGCAGUGAAGAAGAGCGGCAAUGAGGUAGAGGAGGAGCCUCUACUGAAGGACAACCCUCGCCGCUUUGUCAUCUUCCCCAUCAAGUACCACGACAUCUGGCAGAUGUACAAGAAGGCCGAGGCCUCUUUCUGGACAGCAGAGGAGGUGGAUCUGUCCAAGGACCUGCAGCACUGGGAGUCUCUGAAGGACGAAGAGCGGUUCUUCAUCUCUCACGUGUUGGCCUUCUUCGCCGCCAGCGACGGCAUCGUCAACGAGAACUUGGUGGAGCGCUUCACCCAGGAGGUGCAGGUCACGGAGGCCAGAUGUUUCUAUGGUUUCCAGAUCGCCAUGGAGAACAUCCACUCAGAGAUGUACAGCCUCCUCAUCAACACCUACAUCAAGGAGCCCAGCGAGAGAGAAUACCUCUUCAAUGCCAUUGAGACUCUGCCGUGUGUGAAGAAGAAGGCCGACUGGGCCAUCAACUGGAUCGGUAACCAGGCUGCCAACUACGGAGAACGCGUGGUGGCCUUCGCUGCCGUGGAGGGCAUCUUCUUCUCUGGUUCCUUCGCUGCCAUCUUCUGGCUGAAGAAGAGAGGCCUGAUGCCCGGCCUGACUUUCUCCAACGAGCUGAUCAGCAGAGACGAGGGUCUCCACUGUGACUUUGCCUGCCUGAUGUUCAAACACCUGGUAAACAAACCGUCGGUAGAAAAGGUCUCCAAGAUCAUCCAGAACGCCGUGGAGAUCGAGCAGGAGUUCCUGACGGAGGCUCUGCCGGUGAAGCUGAUCGGGAUGAACUGCGAGCUGAUGAAGCGGUACAUCGAGUUCGUGGCCGACAGGCUGAUGCUGGAGCUGGGCUUCUCCAAGAUCUACCGGGUGGAGAACCCCUUUGACUUCAUGGAGAACAUCUCUCUGGAGGGGAAGACCAACUUCUUUGAGAAGCGUGUGGGCGAGUACCAGAGGAUGGGCGUGAUGUCCGGCACCACCGACAACACCUUCAGGCUGGACGCCGACUUCUGAGCACCACCUCGCAGCCUUCUGAAAGGCCCGCUACCUCGCUACCCCAGUGCAUGCUGGGAGGGCUCCUGCACACUCAGCCCAGAGAUCGCAAACCCCAACCAGUUUACUCUACUGCUGGUUUGGAUCAGAACUCUUUUUAUAUUUAUAAAACCUGCUAUAUUAGUAUGUUUUUCUGAGGGAGUUUUUAAAUAUGGAUUCAAUGUCAUUUGUUUAUUUGUACAGUUACUUUUUUUUUAAAUAAAACUUGAUCUAAGUGUUAA